UGGAUGAUCAGUCACAAAAAUAGGGAUGAUUUUUGGCUUCAUGAGUUGCUCUUAAAAGGAGAUGCUGCCUGCAAGUAGGAGAAAGAGACUAACGUGCGCCGUAGGGACCGUUGACUAGUCUGCGCCAGUAUUCUUUGCUCCCUCCACUUCACUCUCUGCUCUGUGUGUCCCUCUCAGUUAUUCACAGAGUCUAUCUCUCUCUCUCUCUGCACCAUAGUUCAUAUACAUAACACUAACCGAAAGCAAACCCCUUGGUUUCCUUCCUCUUCUACUUACUCCCAACAACAACAACUACAAAAGACCCUGAUUUUGGGAUGGUUAUGGAUCAAUAUCAUCAUCACCACAGAUCAAUGGAGAUUAACAACAAUGGUUAUGUUAGUUCCCCUCGAUCAGAUUCGUUUCCAAUUGGUCUACGUGUUCUUGUUGUUGAUGAUGAUCCUACUUGGUUAAAAAUCCUUGAGAAGAUGUUAAAAAGAUGCUCUUACGAAGUGACGACUUGCUGUUUAGCAAGGGAUGCGUUAGACUUGCUUCGUGAAAGGAAAGAUGGAUUUGAUAUUGUCAUCAGCGAUGUUAAUAUGCCUGACAUGGAUGGUUUCAAGCUCCUUGAACAUGUUGGACUUGAGAUGGAUCUGCCUGUCAUAAUGAUGUCUGUUGAUGGGGAAACAAGCAGGGUAAUGAAAGGUGUUCAACAUGGAGCGUGUGAUUAUCUUCUUAAGCCUGUGCGAAUGAAAGAACUUAAGAAUAUAUGGCAGCAUGUCCUCAGGAAGAAGAUACAUGAGGUCAGAGACAUCGAAAGUUACGAAGGAAAUGAGGAGAUUCUGUUCCGAAACGGAUCCGAAAGAUUUGAAGAGGGGAAUUUCCUUCUUGGAAGUGACCUGAGUUCAGGGAAGAAAAGGAAAGAGACGGAUAAUAAAGAAUGUGAUGACCAAGAAUACAGUGACUUUUCUUCUGUUAAGAAAGCUAGAGUUGUUUGGUCUGUAGAUCUUCAUCAGAAAUUUGUCAAUGCCGUAAAUCAGAUUGGAUUUGAUAUAGGGCCGAAGAAAAUACUUGACUUAAUGAAUGUUCCUUGGUUGACAAGAGAAAAUGUUGCUAGCCAUCUACAGAAAUAUCGCCUCUACCUGAGCAGGCUGCAGAAGCCAAAUGACCCAAAAUCAUCUUUUUGUGGAAUAAAGCAGCCUGACUUUUCCCAGAAAGAUCCUCCUAUGACCUUUGCUCAUAAGAGCUCGAGUCCUGUGCUCCAAAACACUGCAGCCAACGGCAGUUUUGGAUACACUAGCAGCAAUUUACUGGUCGAAGGUGCUGCCCUGGAAACCCAUGAAGGCGAUCUCAACGGUAUUAUUUCAUUCAAAUCGGUAACAGAACCUAGAAGCAGAAAAACUUUGAAUGGUGAUGUACCUUCUCCCAGGAAGGCCAAUAAUUCUCAGAUAGGCUUCAGUCACUCUCUUGUGUUACCAGAGCUAGAUGUUAAUAACAUAUCGUUUGAGGCCAACAUUUCUCAGAAGCACUCCUGGAACAGGGAGGUUCCAAUUAUGCGAAUGAAGCAACUCCCUAAACAAGAGCAAAAACUGUAUGGUUACACACAUCUUGCGUUGCUUAGUCAGCAGAACAAGAUCCAGUCUGAAUCUCUACAGCCAAGUCCUUCCUCCAUUAAUCUUGGAACAUCGGUUGGCGAAAGAGAUAAAGCAUGUCAUUUGGAAAUCAAGCCUUUGCAUCUUGAAGAUAAAAGUGACGACUUCAAGCACGGAUUUCCAACAGCACCACAUAUAAGUAACCUAUUACAGGCUGAUGCAGAGAAUACAAGUUCUCAAGAAUUUCGACCCAUCCUCAGAAUUAAUACUGAUUUGCCGUGCAUGAAACUUCAAGGAUACAAUCAGCACUGCACAAACACGAAUGCAAGCACAUGGAAACCGGACCAAAGAAACCAGAUUCAAGGAAACGAGUCGACUUCAUAUUGUUCUCAGCAGGAAUCACAUCUUGGCCUUCUUCAAGAUUAUUUAUUUAUUGAGGAUGUUGAGCUAAACAACAUUGCGUCUAUGAACUACCAUGAUCCUGAUAUGUUUGCGGACGUUCCAGCUCACUUAUUAGACAAAGUCAGGUUUACUAAUGAUUACCUCUGCGAAUCGACAUUAGAGUAUCCUAUUAUGGAUCAAGGUUUAUUUAUAGCAUGACAGAGGACAAGCAUUUUUCUUGAUACAGAGAUUAGUAGUAAUGAAAGAAAGGACAUCUUCCUCACUGUGCUAAGUAAACUUCUUACUGAUGAACUUCGUGCUGUUUCCAUUAAUGUUUGGGAUAUCAUCUCUAUAGAGAAAACGUGAGAACAUGUACAAUUGUCGAAAGCAUUGUACUAUUUUUUGGUUUUGGUGAUUAUAAACAUAUCAUAAGUACAUAUAUACACGUCUACUGCUGCUUGACUCAUAAACUUAAGCUAGAAUUCUGAAUUUCACAUUGUGCUA